AUGGCCAAAGAUAAUAAAGGGAAAAAGAAGGGACCAGUCACUACUGAUGAACGUUUCAGCAGUGUACACAAUGAUCCUCGUUUCAAUCUACCAAAGAGAAAUGAUUUCAAAGUUGAAGUUGAUGAAAGAUUCAGUAAAGCUGAUUUAGAAGCUAUCAAGAAGAAAUCGAAGAUCGAUAAAUAUGGUAGAAGAGUUAAAGAUGAUGGUGAUUCUAAAGGAUUCAAUAAAUAUUAUAAAAGUAAGGAUGAUGAGAAAAAGAAACAAGAAUCUGAAGAAUCAUCAAGUGAAGAAGAGGAGGAAGAAGAAGAAGAAUCAGAAUCAGAAGAUGUCGAAAUUGAUGAAGCUCAAGCUAAACUUGAUCUUGCCCGUGGUGAAGGCUUGCCAUCAGAUUAUGAAUCCUCAAGUGAUGAAUCAAGUUCAGAUGAAGAAAGUUCAGAAGAUGAAGUCGAUGAUGAUGAAGAAGAAACAGAUGAAAAACCUCCAGAAGGUGACCCAGCUCCAAGAUUUGCUGUUGUCAAUUUAGAUUGGGAUCAUGUUAAAUCUGUUGACUUGAUGGCUACUUUCCAAAGUUUUGUUCCAUCAGGUGGUCAUAUAGAGGAGAUUUCAAUUUAUCCAAGUGAAUUUGGUAAAGAAAGAAUGCAAAGAGAAGAUAUGGAAGGUCCACCAAGAGAAUUGUUCAAAUCUAAAAAAUCUAAAAAAGCUCAAGAUUCAGAUGAUGAUUCAGAUUCAGAAAUUGAAGCAAAAGAUCUUUAUGAAGAAGGUGAUGCUGAAGUUGAUUAUGAUUCAAAGAGUUUACGUCGUUAUCAAUUACAAAGAUUAAGAUAUUAUUAUGCAAUUGUUACUUGUGAUUCCAUAAAGACUGCUAAAAAUAUUUAUGAUAACUGUGAUGGUACAGAAUAUGAAUCCACUGCUAAUUUCUUUGAUCUAAGAUAUGUCCCUGAUGAAAUGGACUUUGACGAUGAACCAAGAGAUUCAUGUAAUAAGAUACCGUCAAAUUAUAAACCAACAACUUUUGUCACUGAUGCAUUACAACAUUCAAAAGUCAAGCUAACUUGGGAUGAAACACCAGCUGAAAGAGUUAAAAUGAGUUCAAAAGCUUUUAGUCAAAGAGAAUUAGAUGAUAUGGAUUUUAAGGCUUACUUGGCAUCAGAUAAUAGUGACGAAGAAAGUGAUAAUGAAGAUUUGAAGAACAAAUAUAAAAACUUGGUUGGUUCAAGUACUAAAAUUGGUAAUAAAAACAUUUUUGAACAAAAUGAUAAUGAUAGUGAUGAUGUUGAUAUGGAAAUUACAUUCACUCCAGGUCUCGAUGAGAAAACAGCUGCUGCUAAUGCUGCUAAAGAAGGUACAGAGGAAGAAUCAACUCUUGAUAAAUUGAAACGUAAGGCUAAGGAACGUCGUAAAACAAGAAAGGAAAAAGUUAAAGAAUUGAAGAAGGAAGCUCAGGAAAAGAAGUCAGAAACCAAGACAUCUGCCAAAUCCAAGAAAUCUGAGAAUGAUGAAGGUGAUGAAAAAUCUAAAGCUGAAUUAGAGUUAUUAAUGCUUGAUCAACAAGAUGGAACCCAUAGAGAACAUUUCAGCAUGAAGGAAUUGAUCAAAUCUGAAAAGGAGAAAUCCAAAAAAUCUAAACAUAGAAACAAAAACAAGAUUAUUGAAGAUGAUUUCAAGGCUGAUUUAAACGAUCCAAGAUUCAACGAGAUCUUUACCAACCAUGAUUUUGCAAUUGACCCAAGUCAACCUCAGUUCAAAAAGACUGCAACCAUGGCACAGAUCUUAGAAGAACGUAACAAGCGUCGUGAUGGUGAUAAUAAAACUGCUGCUCCUUCUUCUUCAAAGAAGAGAACGCACAAGGACGCAGCAAUUGCAGACAACGAUGAUGUUAACAACCUAGUUCAACGAAUUAAGCGUAAAAGCAAAAAAUAA